ACCACACGGCCAUCACCACUAAUGUCAAGGAAUGCAUACUACCACGUCUGUCGAAGCAAUGCACUGACCACAACCACAACCUCGCCGCCUACUCAAGAUUCAGAUCAAGAGAAGAGACAUGAGCGGCGUGGUGGUGGUUCCUUGGUUUUCUAGAGAGGAGUGGCUGGAGACAUACAGCGGUGCAUUCUGUAGUGAUGUGGGCCGCUGGAAAGAUGCCAGAGACACAAUGUUGGUGUGGCAGGCCAGGGUUGAGAAGUUGCCGGCAGGAGUUGACGUGACACUACCACUGCUCCAGGCCAAGAUAGUGGAUGCUGAUCCUACAGUUGAGAACAGUGUCAAGUCCAUCUUCUUGGCCUCGGCAUUGCAGAGGUUUGUUACUUCCAUUGUCAAGCUUCCCCAGACCAAGUACUACCGAGCACACUCCAUGCACAACCUGGCGCAGGAAAUUGGCCUUCCUAUGCAUUUGGUUGACCUGAGGAAUGAGCUAGUGCACGGACAUGGAGGCUGGACAGGUGGGGAGACGGUGCACAGGGCCUUGGACACUGCAUUCAAAUGGAUUAAGGGUUAUUAUUGGGAUGCAGAGUUUGAGAAGAGUCAGAUGAAGGAGUGUGAUGCAUCAGGAAUCUCUGAGGAGAACUGGGAAGGUUUUCUCUUUCUGUUGAGGAAGUAUACAAAGCUCACUAUAUCAUUUGCUAAGAAGAAAGUGCCAUUAUACAUCAAGGUUAAAAGAGCUCUGAUCCGGAGUCUGGGGUCAUUGUACUCGCUGGAUGCUGAGGAGUGCACCAAGGCAAUCGUUUCUCAUGUCCUGCUGCCCGACAGUCACUCUGACUUGGCCAGGCAUCACAGUGGUGUUGAUGUGUGUGAGUGUGGUUGCUUCAUUGAUGGCAGAAUGCUGGAGAGAGUGCAACCCCUGCUUGCAUUUUUCUGCAGCACCAGUGAAGGCCUUGGCUUACUCCUGUCGUGUCUUGUCAAAAGGGGCCAAGAACACUCCAAACUGGCAUCAGAAUGGAUAUGCAUUAUUGCUGGAGAAUUGCUGGCGUUACCUUGUUUCUCCAGCCAAGCAAAUCACUGUUCCAGUCACUCAUUAGUGCUUGAGGAGCCACCUGAAGAGGUGGACUGGAAGAGAGUAGUGGUGGACCUUCUUACUGCACACUCUGAUUGGUCCACUCACACUGCCUUCAGAAUUAUGGACAGUCCAAAAACAAGGAUAACAAAAAGCCAAAGGAAAAAUAUUGAAGAUCUUGUGUAUGUGUUUAGUGGAGGCUCACAAGCUUGUCAUGGUAAGGAGAGCAAAGCCAUCACACACACAGGGGAAGAUCUCUACACCAUUGACAGCAUUCUAGCAACAGCAAAGCAUCUUUCACUAGGAGACCGAAGGAAGCUGGAUAGGCUGAGGAUUGCUGUCACUGGUAUUGACUCUGAUUCAGUAAGUGGGGAUGUUCCACUGGGUAUCCUGACUCACCAGCGUGACAACUCACUUUUCUUCAAGGAAUUAAUUCUGCAUUACCCAGAUUCAGAUUCUGCUCCUCUGCCCUCCAAGAGACCCAAGCUUCAAAACUCUCUAGGUUGAGAUGACACACAUCAUAGCUUUGACUUUAAUUCUUGUUUUGUCAUACUAUUUUAUUUUAUCUUUACCUGUAUAUGGCUCAAAAUGCAAUGGAGAUAAUAUAUGGCCUUGUCUCGUCACCACAAUUAUCAGGCUUCAGUUUUGAGUAUAAGAAAAUAAGAAGAAUGUAAGAGCUGAGUUGAGCUACACAAGACAACUUCAGAGCACUCAAGAACAACUUACCAGCCUUUGUUGUCAUUUGUUAGUGUACUCAGCCUCCUCUUGGGUCCUUCUGACAUCUGUAAUAUGCAAGGUAAAUACACUUGUCGUUGCA